AUUCACUGACCAAUUUUUUAACCAAUUGCCCUGGAAAUUUUUUUGCGUGUUUCCGCCCAUUAAGAAGCUGUACUAGUAUUUGUUCGGAUGAUGUAAGCGAUUUCACGCAUAUUACGGGAAAGGCGCUUUCUAUCGGUUCCAGAAAUAUUUCACAUGUAAUAUAUGUGACUCCUACGCUUGCUGUGGUCCCCUUUAAGCCAUACUGUUGCGGGAGAGGUUUUUUAAGCGAUUGCAUCACAUCCUGAAUUCCCGGUCCGCCAUUUUCAGACUAAUGUUUCGUUCACGUUCGUUCACGACUGCGUGACGAGUAAUUUAUCUUCGAGAGAUAUAUUCGCUGUCACAUGUCAAUCAUCAAACUAUCUCUUCUUUUUUUCCAUCUCUCUGCUGGCCUCUAGUCAUAGAUUUAUUAGUUAGUUUUGGGUUUGGCAUGAUUGUCCGUUGCCGUGUCCAAAGGAUAUAAUAAACAGUUGAAUAAACAAGGAAACGUACGUCUCGGAUUCCACUGUUACUAACAUCUAUACACAAGACUUGCUAGAACUGCUAAAUAAUAAGGUCGCUUGGUGUAUCCAAUAACUUCACGAUAUUUCAUCGCAUAAGCAUAUUAUUCAACGUUAAGCAUACAGAAAACAGAAGUAUCAGCUCAAAUGGCUCUAGAGAAGAAAACUCAAUUCCCUCUUUUCAGUAAAAUUCUCAAUGGCGGGAUUGCUGGAAUUGUAGGUGUUUCCAUUGUUUACCCAAUUGAUCUAGUCAAAACAAGACUCCAAAACCAGAACUCAUCAACCGGUGAAAAACAAUAUAAGAAUAUGUUAGAUUGCUUUAAAAAGUCUUACCGAGCCAGUGGAUACUUGGGCAUGUACAGAGGCUCUGCUGUUAAUAUUUUGUUAGUAACUCCCGAAAAAGCUAUUAAACUGACUGCAAACGACGCUUUCCGUUACGUAUUACUGAACAAGCAAGGGAAAUUAACAUUGCCGAGGGAAAUGAUUGCAGGCGGAACUGCUGGUUUGUGUCAGACUGUGAUAACAACUCCGAUGGAACUCCUUAAGAUAAAAAUGCAGUUGAGCGCCCAGCAGAGCACCAGUGGGCCUCGUACGUCGGCCCUACGCCUCGCCACAGACCUGAUCUCCUCUCAAGGACUUCGGGGUUUGUACCGUGGCUGCUUGUCCACCAUCAUGCGUGACGUCAGCUUCUCAAUCAUUUACUUCCCGCUGUUUGCGCAUUUGAAGUCUCUAGGAUCUAACCAGCAAGGGACCGACUUGGUCACCUGUGAGGCUCCGUUCUACUGGUCGUUCAUAUCAGGUUGCGCUGCUGGAGGCUUUGCCGCUGUAGCCGUCAACCCGAUUGACGUCGUUAAAACGCGUCUACAGGCCCAGGGUCAAUCGAAAGAGGUUCCAGGCGGAGGUAAAGGAACUCCUGGACCGUCUUCCGUGUUGAUGAAACCUCAUUCCCAAUCUAGGGAUCCGCAUAAGUUAGCAUUCCUCAACGCGAGUGGCGAGGCUAAAGGAGGAGGUGUCGCACGCAGCCUCCAUCAACCCAGUGGGAUCCCCGCUGCGGAAAUCCCUCGCUAUCACGGCAUUGGUGACGCCGUGAUGAAAAUUAUGCGUGAAGAAGGAUAUCGCGCCUUCUUCAAAGGCGGUGGCUGCCGUGUCCUGGUCAUCGCUCCUCUUUUCGGCAUCGCUCAGACUGUCUACUAUCUCGGCGUCGGUGAAUACCUGCUCGGGGUCAACACGUCCAAGUAAAGCGCAACACUCCAUCAAUUCAUUUCCAGGCUCUUAAAACAAAGUUUCUUGUUUUUUAUUCUUUAUCAAGUUAAAGAAAUGGGCCGAAAUCAUAUUAAUUCUUUUCUAAAAAGAUAAAAUUACUUUGGUUCAAGGGGCAAUAUUGAGAGGAACCAAGUUUAGCGUUUCUUUGGAUAAUUAAGAGCGAAUCUCGUCAGAGAAUAACAAAUACUGUUAAUGCUUUAGGCAAUAGGGUGCAAUUGGGCACAUUUUGUUUCUUUUUACUGUGCUGGAUUUUUACCGGCGUUAUACUAGAUUGAGUAAAAAAUGAUGUUCAUUUUAUCACCUUUUGUUGUGAUGGAAUUAACUUUGUUAGUAAUUUGGGGAUCCAAUCAUUAUUAUAAUUUUUUUUUACACAAUAACCUUAACAUCAGCUUCCUGCCGCCGUCUUCUCUUUAUUUCCUGUCAAAAGGAUUGUUAUCACUCAUGUUGAUCGUCUGUUCACUCCAUGUUCUUACACAUUUGAACUUAAGGAGCUCUUUCGGUAUGGAGACUUCCUUCUGGCUUGUUAUACAAGCCAGUGAUAUACUUUAGUAGCCUUUUUUUUCUUUUUGGAACAAUAAUUUUGAGUCCUUUACGCUUUAUUAUAAUUUACCUUAUUGAAUACAAUUUCAUACGUGGGACCCGACCAGUGUUGAGUGUAAGCAUCCAAACGCUUCGGUUCUCCGCUAUAAAUUUGUUGUUUUAA